AUGACCAAGUGGCUAACUUUGCUUUAUUACAAAUGCAUCCAACCUUACCUCUUUCCUCAUGACGAGGAGUCAGAUCAAGACCACAGGAAUCUACACCUCAGGAAGAUCCAGCUGGCUGGACAUGAUAUCCAGAACACAGAGCUGCCAAUAGCCAAGAGGGUGGAUGCAGCUUAUGUCCUUGGAAUUCUAAGCUAUACUGGAGGUUAUGCAGCUGCAAGAGAAGGUGGAGAAUUUAUGCAAACCAUGGUGGACUUCCUGAAUACACCCAACCUCUCAGAUGCACAGAUCACCACAGUUCUGGAAGGACUGAGUGGAGUCUGCCAUCUUCAUGUUUCCAACCAGCUUUUGGCCCAUUCCAUGGGUCUACUCAACAUCCUGCAAUUUUUUGUAUCUCCAACUAGUCAGCUCUCCACCAAAGCCAAGCUCUGGAGCUGUUACCUCCUCAACAUUCUAUGCUGCAACAUUCCAGUCAUCAAAAGCCUAAAGAGUUCACCAGGCCUCCAAGUGAAUCUGGAAAGUUUACAGAACCUCAACAACUGGACUAGUUGGGACAAAAACUAUGCUGAGGAGUUGCUCUACAUUUUAGAAUUCUGGCCACCCAGCUAUAAACCUUGA